AUGGGUUACAGAACAACAUGGUCGUCUGGCGGUCGUGACUGCGCUGUCGACACCAGACCCCUUUUUGCUACGUUGAACUACGUAGUGGAACGAUGUGGUCGGACUGACGAGGAAUACUUUGCUUCCGGAAUCGAGUUUGGCAUUUUGACACAACCGAGUGAUCUUGGUUUUGAGAAAUAUGUUGAACCAUCUAGUGAAACAAGAUCCAUAUUUUUCAUACAACCUACUAAAUCGGGCUUUAUCGAAGCAAAUAUAGGUGGUGUAGAAUCUCGACACGACUAUAAUAUGUCCAGCAUUUCUGUGUUCCUAAGCGACCACUUAGUUACAAUGCAGGGCAAUUACAUUUCCGAUCUCUUCACACUCUGCAGCGUUGAAAAUGCUCACUUGGUAGCCAAAAGUAAUGCUGUUCUUCUUUGUCACUUUGACGUGUCAAUGCCUUCUUAUGAUGGAUAUAUUUUUUCAUCAUCUUCCUGUCUUAUCCACUGUGCAAAGGAAACCGAGUGUGCUGCGAAAAUUGAUUUGGAUUUUCUUAGACGACAGGCUCAGAUUUCCGUUCCCAAUAAAAGCGAACUUACGAUUUCCUAUAAUGUUACCGCCCUCGACGUCAAUUCACUGAGUUCUCAAAGUGCAAUCAUUGAAAGAGAUGAUGUUACCAAUUCGCUAAUAUACAAGCACAUGAAGCUUCCAUCGGUAUAUGUUCAGCGGCGCCCAGAUACUGAAUUUUUAACACUUCUUACAAACAAAAAUGGAUAUCCUUCGAUUCAGUUAGAGGCACCCAGAAUAUCGGAUGCAAAGUACUUUGACUUAGUCAUUUUACAAACUUCAUCUACAAGCGUAUGGAAAAUGAAACUCAAAUUUGUCUUCUCAAGUCAGCUCCGAUUUCUGUGGGCCAAGGAAAAGGAGGGCGGAGUGUGGAAACUGCAGGGAACGCCGUCACCUCGUGGUCUGACAGUCAAGCUGCGGCAGCGAAGUUUACCACAACUCCAUUCACCAUCCGCCUCCACUUUGGAUGACGUGAAUGACAGCAUUCAGGCGAAUACUCUAGAGGAGAGCAUUUUAAUUCGAAGAACAGCAACACAGAUAGGCCUGCUUCGGUUCGAGAGAGUGAUGAAGAAUUCAAAUCGCCCCUCCCAGUCGGUUGUGGAGUCAUUCACUCAUUUACCCACCUCCCUACCACACAUAAGCGAUGUGGACGAUGAUCCCGAGAUCGAAGACACUGAGGAGCUUAACGUCAUCAAGGUUCGAGUAACUGGUAUUGAUUGGCCCAAAGGUAUGGCCAAUGCAUCCAGACUACCGGGUGCCACCGGACGUCUGGUCCGACUCCCAAUCCCCGAGACACUUCCAGAUCCCAACAGCAUGCACAUUUUCGUGCAAUUUCAAGAAUUCUUAAUGCCACAGAUGCAGCGCCUCGAUUCUUUCGCGAAGUCGUCCCAACGUCCCUGUGAUAUGGAAGGAAGUGAAUUACUGGCCCACAAAGAAACUGAGAGGCCGCUGCAGCUUAACCUCUGCUUGGACUUAAGCGCCCACCGAGAAAAACCAUCAAAACAGUACAAAAUUAUGUCAUUUUCGAACUUUGAAACUGGUGACUUCUUGAUGGCUCAAGAUGCCUCUAUGGAAGUUGAUUGCUCAAUUGUCGAUCUCUCUUCCGGUAUGUAG